GAGAGAGAGAAUAUUUGACAGAAGAUAGGGCAUUAAAAAAAAUUGGUUUGUAUAAUGAAGCUGGGCAUAAAGAUGAGGAAGAUGAAAGAUGAUUAUUCGAUUGUCACUUUUGAGAGAUUUAGGGAUAGUGGAGUUGUGAGAGGUGGACGGUGCUCAGAUUAAGUUGUGGGAUGUGGAUGGUGGUGUAGGGUAUAGGGUGUUAUGUUGCUGCUUCCAUUAUAGUUUGAAGAAGUUAUGAGAUGUUGUCUAAUUAUGGAGUUUAAGUGAUUUGUUGUUUGGUGUAUUAGGUAUUAUAGGUAUUAAGGCCCCAGAAUAAUUCAGUGCAGAGUUAGUGUUCACUUGGCUUUUUACAUACAGUGUAACCUUAGUUGGUCCAACGGUCUUUAUUUAAUGGUCUUCGAGGACCAUGUGCACUUUAUUUUUAUUGAAUUUUUGAAAAUGUACAUAAGCAGUGCUUCCUCUUACUUGAUUGCCUACAAAUUAUCUACAAUUUAUGUUGUAAUGAAUUUAAAUAGAUAAAUAGCUGGUUUCAUGUAGUUUAUUGAUCCCAAGGGGAAUCGGACCACCAUAUUUUUGGUAGUGUCACUUGUAGUAUGUGAGUAUUCCCUUGUAGUGUUUUUUUGUAUGCUUGAGAAAUGCUCUAGUGCAGUAGUGCACUUCCAUACACUAUGUGGACAAAAGUUUGUGGACACCUGGCCAUUAGAUUAGUGUGUGGUUUUGAAUAUCUUAUUUAGUACUUGUUCCUUAUGUGCUGUUAUAAUAACCUCCACUCUUCUGGGAAGAAAAAAUAUAAUUUUGAUUUUAAGAUUAUAGAAGCAUGAUUCUGUAGGUUUUGUGUUGAGGAAAUCGAUCUGGAGUUUGGAAUGGUCAUGUUUUGUUGUGGUGCUGUUGAUUGUGGACUUUAAUGGUCUUGUUUUUGGGUCAUACGUUUUAUUGCAAAGAUUGAGGUUGUCAUGUGUUAGGAUGGUACUCUGAGUUUGAGAUGGUCAUGUUUCAGUAUGGUACUCUAAUAGUGGAGUUUUGAGAGGGAACUCUUGAUUGCUCAGACUUGGGGGUUAUGACCUGAUUGAAGAGGUUGUAGAUUGUACUGGGUUUGUGAUUGGCUCCCAGACUAUUACAGCAUAUUGACCCAAAUACCCUGCUUAUUUGGGAACAUUGACACCCUCGAGGUGUGUGUGUGUGUGUGUGUGUGUGUGUGUGUGUGUGUGUGUGUGUGUGUGUGUGUGUAAAUAGUUUUUGAUUUGAGAAUGGUAGCUUUGUUCACAGAGGACAGAAGGGCAGCAGUACAGUCAAAUGAGUUCACAUGAAAUCAUUGUGGACUGUUCCAUCUCUCUCUCUCUUUUUCUACCACAUUGAUCCCAUUAAAAACACAAAAAUGGCCAUGAACUUGUGUAAAACAGACAGCAGGACCAUCCAUCAGACUGUACUGCUACCAAAUAAGCUCAGGAAUGGAGGAGACGGUGUGGGAGCAGUUCACUGUGACUCUACAACGAGACUCCAAGAUGGGGUUUGGAAUUGCCGUGUCUGGGGGGAGAGACAAUCCCAACAUAGACAGCGGUGAGAUGUCCAUCAUUGUGUCUGAUGUCCUGCAGGGGGGCCCAGCUGAUGGCUUACUGUUUGAGAAUGACCGGGUUAUACAGGUCAACACCAUUCCCAUGGACAACGUGUCCCAUUCGUUUGCUGUACAACAACUCCGAAAAUGUGGGAAGGUGGCUAAAAUAACAGUAAAAAGACCUCGCAAAGUUGCCGUCCUCAAGCGUCCUCCUUCCCCAGACAGGGACAGCCGGGACUAUAACCUGUCCAGCUACUAUCCUGAAGAAAACCGGAGCACACACAGUGACCAAGACUCUGAUUACCCUAGGGGUAAUGGUGGACUGGGCUACCCGCGCGGACCAGACCGCCACCGUGGCACCCUGGAGCAGGAGUACCACAGCCGGGGCCGCAGCACAGACCGAACACCCAGCCCAGAUAGGAACUACCGCAGGGAUGUGAGCCGGGGUCGGAGCCUGGACCGUAGUGUCAGCCCUGAGCCAAAUUAUCUCAGCCAACAGUCGAGUCGAGGCCAUGGGGUUGGUUACGGAGGCGGGGGCAGUCCAGCACCAGGCUAUAGCGCAAAGAGAUAUGAGCCGGACAGAAUGGUGAGGAGUUACAGCAGAGAUCGGUUGCAGGAGGAUUCGCAGUCACCUACUAGGAGGGGUGGGAAAGAACGAGGCUACCAGGAGCCGCUCGAGCCUCCAGUCAGUGUCCUGCUCAUUAAAAACAGGCCCAGUGAGGAGUACGGUCUUCGGUUGGGCAGCCAGAUUUUUAUCAAAGAGAUGACCAGCACAGGACUGGCAGCCAGAGAUGGGAACCUGCAGGAAGGCGACAUCAUCCUCAAGAUUAACGGGACUGUGACAGAGAAUCUGUCUUUGAAUGAUGCGGGGAAGCUGAUCGAGAAGUCUCGAGGGAAACUGCAACUGGUGGUGCAGAGGGACCACAGACAGAUUCUGGUGCGCAUCCCAGCUCUGGUUGAUAGCGACUCCGAGCCUGACGAUAUCUCUGAGAUGGAAUCCUACAGGUCAUACUCACCACAAGAUGACCAAAAGUCACGGCAGUCAGACAUUUCCUCCCAUUCAUCCAAUGAGCUGCCACGAGAGAGUGCCAGAGAGGAGCCUCAGCACAGACUGACCAAGAUAAGUCCACCAGUGUCUCCUUACAAAGUUGCAGAAGAGGCACCUGCUGUGCAGGUAGAGCAAGAAGAUCCACCACAGGAUGUUCCAGCACCGAUCAGAAAAACACCAAAAAUUCUGCUGCGGCCGAGUCCUGAGGAUGAGGAGAUGUAUGGGCCAAACACUAUUAUGGUGAGCUUUCAGAAAGGGGAGAGUGUUGGCUUACGGCUUGCAGGAGGGAAUGAUGUGGGCAUCUUCAUCGCCGGUGUUCAGGAAGGAAGCCCUGCAGAGGAGGAGGGCCUUUGUGUUGGCGACCAGAUCAUGAAGGUCAAUAAUGUAGACUUUCGAGGAAUCAUACGUGAGGAGGCAGUACUCUUUCUAUUGGAGCUUCCUAAAGGGGACAACAUCACUAUACUGGCACAAAGCAAAGCUGACGUUUACAAAGACAUUCUCGUGUCCGGCCGAGGGGACUCCUUCUUUAUCCGGACACACUUUGAUUAUGAGAAGGAACAGCCGCAGUGCCUGGCCUUUUGUCGGGGCGACAUCUUUAAAGUGGUGGAUACUCUGUAUGAUGGCAAGCUUGGAAACUGGUUGGCUAUCCGUGUGGGCAAAGACAACCAGCUACUGGAGAAGGGUGUCAUUCCCAACAAGAGCAGAGCUGAGCAGAUGACUAAUGUCCAGCACACUCCUAAAACCUCCAGCAGCGACAGAGCAGACUUCUGGAGACUCCGGGGCCAGAGAGCAGCUAAGAAGAAGGAUUUGCGCAAGAACCGAGAAGAUAUGAACCUCGUCUCCACCCGCUUUCCUGCCUACGAACGGGUGGUGCUGCGAGAGGCUGGUUUUCGGAGGCCUGUGGUUCUGUUCGGUCCGAUAGCUGACGCUGCAAGUGAUAAACUGGCCACAGAUCUGCCGGACGAGUUCACCGUUGCCAAAACCGAACCUAAAGAUGCAGGGUCAGAGAAGUCUUCGGGGGUGGUGCGUCUCAACACCAUCCGACAGAUAAUUGAACAGGAUAAACAUGCUCUGCUGGACGUGACUCCAAAGGCCGUGGACACGCUAAACUACACACAAUGGUACCCCAUAGUCAUCUUCUUUAAUCCAGAAAGUAAGCAUGCGGUUAAGACCAUAAGGCAAAGGAUCAUCCCUAACUCAAACCGCAGUGCCCGCAAACUUUAUGAUCAGGCCAUCAAGCUCAGGAAAUCCUGCUCACACCUCUUCACUGUCGUUAUUGAUCUGAACGCAGCCAACGACGCAUGGUACGGCAGUUUGAAGGACUGCAUUCGGCAACAGCAGACCCAAGCAGUGUGGGUCUCGGAGGGGAAGCUGGACGGGACGGCUGAGGGAGAGCUUGAUCUCCAUGAUGACCGUAUGUCGUACCUGUCGACUAUGAGCGCCGACUAUUUAAGCAUGGACUGUCGCGUUACCAGCGACUACGAUGACACGGCUGAUGAGGGAGGAGCUUAUACGGAUAAUGAGCAUGAGGAAACGCUGGAGCGGCAGCGAGUGUCAGCAAUCAGCAGAUCCUCUGAGCCGGUCAUGCCAGAGGAGAUUCUCAGGAAGUCCAGCCCAGAGAUCCGUUUCAACUCCCGCAUGGGCGUGCUGAACAGAGAGUCGCCGGUUGAAACCAGCCCUCCGGUAAUGUCGACCUUCCUCCCUGAGCCACCCAAGGUCAGCCGCUCACCAAGCCCUGCAGUCAUCCAGGUGAAACCGCUGGCUCAAGGUGAGGUCCCACACGGACACUUCAACCAAUCAAGGGAGCCAAAUGUCAGCAGCCCUGUCAACAUUGAGCACCAUCAUGUUCAAAAUGUACCCAGCAUAAGCAAACCUCCAGUAGCGCUGAAGCCUCCCUCUGUGCCACGACCGCCCAGAGGUCUAAUGGACAGCCCCAUCAGGGACCGGGGGCCUCCUGUGCAGAGCCCUGAGGACCCCUCCAAAAAGUCCUUUCUGGGCAAGUUGAAAGCCUUUGAGAAGAUGGACCAAUUUGCAAGAGCACAAAGGGUGCUGGAGCUCCAGCAGGCCCAGGAUGCAAGGUUUGAGAUUGCUCAGAAGCAUCCAGACAUCUAUGCCGUCCCUGUAAAAUCUCCGAAACUGGACAACAGACCACAACCUAUUGGAUCCAGUGCGAGACCAGAACCUCAGACUUCUCCCUCCAAAGUGUCCUACUCAGACAGCAUUACAACCUUCCCCAGCAAAGAGGACACGGGUGAGGAGGAGUACCGGCGGCAGUUAGUCGACCAGACCAAACACGGCUACUAUCGUAACACACAAGAAUAUCAGGACACAGAGCUAUAGAGCUUGUCUGCUUAAGCUCCACACACUGUUCCACCAUUCCACUACCAGGGCUUCCAACAGCUUCCAAUGCCCAAGCCUUUCUGCUUAUUUUUUUCCUUAUUUUUAUUUUAUUUCAGAUUUAAAUCUAUCUGGACAAAAUGGCAUAUUUGUUAAAAAAAAAGAAAAGAAAAAAAAGCUAUAUCUAAAUAUUUAUGCCAGUUUAUUUUUUUCCUUUGUGUGGAAGGAAGGAGCCACUUCUUUCCUGCCUAUGCAACAACUUGGGUUUAUUCCAAGCUAAGGAACCUUCUUGCCAUGACUCUUUGUCUUUUGCUACUGUACAUGACAACCUUAAGCCUGGUGUGCUCUACAGGCCAGCUUUUUUAAGAGUGUACACUUCUCAGCCUUUGCAUUCUGUCAUUUCUGGUCAUGUGAGUGUAUAAUUAUUAUAUUAUAUAAUACACUAGAUUUCAUUACGAUGUUUUGAAGUGCCUUUUACUUUCUGAGUACUUUCUAAUAUGGAUGUGUGGGGACUUGACAAUCCAGACCGCUGGACAAUAAAUAUUAUUCUGCUGCUCACAAGCUUCAAAGGGCAAACAGGGAAAAGACGACACCAAAACCCUUAAUACUGUAAUACUGUUCACCUGCCACCCCCGUCUUUACUGUAAGCAACAGCCAGGAGUAUCAAAGUCUGUUCAGAGUCAUGUUUCCCACAGCCUGGCUCAGGUUUGUGUCUGUGUGUUUGUGUGUAUGAGAGAGUGCCUGAAAGGACGAUUGUUUGUCUACUAUGUUUGCUGUACGUUGCUUUACGUUGUUUUAUUCCUCACAGCAUUUCGUUUUGUUUCUAACUUCAUUCUGUGUUGGUCUGCUGUACCUUCACAUGCUGGUUGUAAAGUGCUUUUAUAUUUCAUGAACAAUAUUUUGAAGGCCUCCAGUUUGUGUACAUAAUAUACAGUAAAAUGAGUGCACCAAACUGGACUUUAACACCAAAUAAAUAUAUAAUAAAAAAAAGGACUCUACUGAACUACA